CGGACUGCGGAUACAACUCAGCCAAGGAACCAUAUGUUUGGUUUAUUUUGCCUAGUCCCCUUGAACGUUUCUUUCCUGUCUCCGAGUCCCUUCUCUCAUCGUUCUCAUGGCGGAACAGCGAGCACAAGCUAUAUACAUCCCUCUCAUGCUUGGCCUCGGUCACGGUUUCCCUUUAUGGUUCCCUGAUUUGGAUUCCAACCUUCCUACAGCUUAUCGAUCCACAGGGACCCGAGUGGGCGAUCUUGGUUAUGUUACUGAUGAUGGAGGAUUCGCCUACCUCUUCAAUGUUUGCACGCCAGCCGACGAUGGUAUCAAUGUGGACCGUGUACCCCCUAACUUCCAGCCUCUAGUGGUUCCUAGUCCAUCUGUUCGAGCAUGGCAAGAAGCGCAUCCAAGGCCUUCGGCGUUAACCACUUCUCAUGUACAACAGACUACCAUUGAACUACAAGCAUCUACUCAAGGAUCCAUUGUCUCUGGCGUCGGCGGAGGUUUUGGUUUCGAAUUUUCUUGCACUUCUACUCGGGCCGCUAUCCUAGUCCUCCCAGAUGGCGGUGAGCGCUAUGAUGCCACAUACCCUGGUCUCCUUCGCAGGUAUGCCGCUGAGAACGCACACCAUUGGUAUCGGUAUUUUAAUGGCGAGCUGGGCAUGGAGAUUCGGAAUGGUUCUCUAUACCUCGUCACGGGAUGCGAUAAAUGCCAUUCAUGGGGAACGGCAUGUUUUCAUUGCCCUUCUGAUAAUCGCUCUGUAUCCUUGCGAUUUUUAAUGGCUGGAGUGGGCGAGGUUGGAGGAGGGAUCUCUCAUAGGUGGGAGGUUCGGGCAGGAGUUCAUAGGCGCAAUCACCAGUGUGCCAUGCCAUCAGAUCCUGCUAACCAGACAGUUUUUCUCCGUGGUUUCUCGAUAUCUGUCCGAGAAAAACCUACGACGUUGAGGCGAAUACUCAAUAUGAAGGCAGCUGUAGAAAUUUUCAAGUGCGAUAGUAGCAACAUGAAAGGUCCUCCAAUUAUAUCAUCGAUCCCAUAUGGCGGAGCGAGCACUUUUGGGAGCGUUAUCCAUGAUGCGUCGGCAAGAGACGCUAGUAAUAUACACAGGGAGAGAGCUGAGAACAAUAGCGAGGAUUAUACUGGCACAUCUUAUGGCGACAUUGACCAAGUUGAAACAUACACAGAAACAUUUCCAAAGCGUGAACAGCCCAACGGCGAAGAUAAACGAGUAUAUACUCCAGAAUGUGAACGGUUCAGUUCUCGUUCCUAUUUGACUGAUAUCAUUGACUUCUCAGUGCCCAACUGCUCAUGUUGCUAUUACCCAUGAUGAACAAUG